AUGAUUUCCAGAUCGCGACAGCCCACUGCGGCAGCAAAGAAGUUGGCUCUGAUACCCGUGUUGACCUUGGAGGGUCACAAAGACUAUAUGUCAUCUAUAUCCUACUUUCCAGACGGGAAGCGAAUGAUCAGCGGGUCGAGCGAUAAGACCACUCGUCAAUGGGACCUAGAAGCGGGAAAAGAAAUUGAAGAAGCGCGGGAUGUUUAUGACCAGGAUGUACAUGCUGUGGGGAUAUCAAGAGAUGGUCGAUAUGUUGUCACUGCGGCAAGUGGAGGUGACGGAUCCGAGGAGCUCAAAGUCUGUGAGACGGGGACCAUUGUGAGAACAUUUGAAGGUCACUCGCGGAAGAUCAACUGCAUCGAUAUCUCCAGGGACAGCACGCUACUGGCGAGCGGGGCAGAAGAUAAAACAGCGCGAAUAUGGAGCCUGGAAACUGGCAAACUCGUGGCUGGCCCAUUCCAGAGUAUUUAUUUGGUUGGCGCAGUCCGAUUUUCGAAAGACUCCAAGAAGCUUGCAGUCAAAUCGCGGUGGGGAAAGUACCUUGAAGUGUGGGAUGUCCAAACACAAAAACUGGAUGUCAAAGUGGGGACAUUUGGUGGCGCUCACUUUUCAUGCACACCAGUGUUUUGGACUCCCAAAGACAAAACCAUCGUAACCGCCUUCAGCUUCCAAUACUCUAGCUCCCCAAACACGAUCUAUGAAUUCGACGCGUCUACGCUGGAGACUGUUAGAGCUCCCUUUGCAGGACACACUCAUCAUCACCGUGCUUCUGAUGACAACACCAUUAAGCUUUGGGCAUUCGAGUCCCGUCAACUCCUCGCCUCAUUCAAUGUUAUGUAUCCUCACUGCCUCAUCCUCUCACCCGACUCGUGCCAACUAGUUUACACCACUCGGCGCAACAACAACAUCUACUUAUGCAACAUUCUCCCUGAAACCCUCGCUAACAUUCAGCCUGUACCACAAGUUAGAGUCAGUGCUCUUAGAAACCUACCUUUCGCUGAUUGUGACGCGUUCUCUUUCACCACAAAUCAAUCCACUAGUGAGGCCCCACAGAAUGCGCAAUGGAGCCUCCCUUCCUAUUCUCUACCAGCUUCCCCUUGGCCUACCCUUCUCCCUCCGCCGCAGAUACCCUCUCCUACAAUAGGACCGCGGCAUUUACCCCCCAACCCCUGCGAGCUCCUUCCCUCGACUUCCAACACCGUCCCAGUCCUCCCCAUUCGUAAUGAUGACCCUAGUGAUCUCUCUGAAACAAUAUUCCAAGACCUCUCAAUAUAUAUCACAAAGGACGGAGAGUAUCCUGUCGCUCGUGGCGGGUUCGGGGAAGUCUGGAAAUGUACUUAUCACAUUGAUCGCGGAUCGGUCAAGGUCGCGGUGAAAGCAUUGCAAGUUUAUGCUGCCGAUCAACUUGGUGCAGCGAAGACGAAAAAAAUCAAACGUGAACUCAGAAUAUGCGCCAGUCUCAAGCAUCCAAAUAUUUUACCCGUUUAUGGUUAUACGUAUGGCUUCGGCCCAUUCCUAGCGAUAGUCAGUCCUUGGGCGGAGAAUGGUAACCUGUCGGAGUAUCUGGGGCUUGGAGGCGCGGCUCUUACUCUCGUUGGAAGAUUCCAGAUCCUCAGGGAUAUCAUAGCUGGUCUGCGAUAUCUCCAUGCCAACAGAGUAAUUCAUGGUGACUUAAAUGGGCCUAAUGUGCUCGUCAAUGGUGAUGGCACUGCGUGUGUUGCUGACUUCGGUCUUUCCUUGAUGUAUUCGGAGGUCAUAAGCGCCUCUCGGGCUUCCUGGACUUCCACCCUCAAGGGCAAUGUACGAUGGAUGGCUCCUGAGCUACUUGGAGCAGAUAUGGAGGAUGGAUCUCCAGGACGGCCGAGUGAGCAGAGCGACAUCUUUUCAUUCGGCGGUAUUAUGCAUACUCAAUGCAUUUGUACCCCCCCUAUCUAUCAGUUGUAUAUUUGGCUACCUGGUGGAGAUGACCCAACCCUCCUUGAGUCUGAACGAGCUCGGUAUUGCCGCUGCUCAGCUGCAAUCUAA